AUGGCAGACAUGACGAGCCCGCACCCGCGGCGAGACCCUGAGAGCACGGCUGCCGGCUCUGGCCCUGUGUCUCGGUCCGGGACUUCAACACCACUUCCUCCUACCACCCAACAAGGCGCCCCCGACAGUGCGUUGCAGUGCUGCUGCGGACAGGUUGGCUGCGUCUAUUUGCAGCACAACUGCACGGUGCUGGAGAGCGUCGAGAAUGACGUCCGUACAGCCGCCAAACUCGGUCAGUCGCUCCUCGAACGGCACGAAGCGUACAUGGCCGAUGCCGAACGCGACCGUGCCGAGUUGGUCAAACGCAUUGGUCAGCUUGAGAUGGACAAAAAGGAGCUCGAGGCCGAAAAUGCAAAGAAGAUUCAAGAGAACCGGGCCCUGCUCGACCAGCUCGAGACCCUGAACACGACGGCAUCGGACUCGGACACCCACAUCAAGAUGCUCGAGGCCUCGCUGCAGUCGUCCCAGCAAAUCAUCCGCCGCCUGGAGGGCGCCGCCGAGCGAGCGGAGGACAUGGAACGCCACUUGGCCGUCCUCGAGGCUGAGCAGGCCACGCUCCAGAACAACCUCAUCACGUCCGAGUCCGAGGCCCGGUCCGCCGUCCAGCGCUGGAAGCGCGCCGAACGGGGCAUCGCUGACCUGCAGUAUCAGCUCGACAUGAUGGAAAAAGAGUCUCGUGAAGAACAGGCACGCCACAAGGAGGUCAUGGGCCGCAUGGAACGCCAACGUGCUGUCGAAAAGGAGCUGAAUACGGCUGCCGGUCGCCUCAAGGGUGCCGCAGCGACGAAAUCGCUGCACGAUGCCAAGAGCAACAAUGCCGGCAGUGCCGUCGUUUCCCACUUUGUGCGCGACCUGCUGCAGGACAAUGCGAAUCUUCAGCUCGGUAUGGCCGAGCUGCGCGACAUGCUCAUGACGUCCAACGACGAGAUCCAAGCACUGCGCGACCAGCUCAUGUUCCACCAGCCACUGGUGGAGCACGAUGCGAGCGCCGCAUCCACAUUGCGUGCCGAGCUGGAGACGGAUCAUCUGCCCCAAAGUCCAGAGCCGUACGACGCGGGCGACAGGGGCCGGCACGAUCCUCGCGACCCCAACGACGCACUAGAAGCCAUUGACGCGUCCAUCACGAUAUCCACGCCGUCCACGCCACAGCCGGGGCACCAUCAGCCAUCAUUGUCGCAGGAAUUCCACAUUCACCAUCACCACUACCACGUCAACAGCAAGAAGAUGGACAUGAAGAAACCCAAGAAGAAGCGCACUGGCCUGACCCCGACCGUCUUCACGCCGCCGCCAGCUACCUUGUCUACGCCUUCCACCCCCCUCUACCGGCCGUCUCUGCCAUACCAGCAGGACGCCUUGUCUGCCACACCAGGCUCGAGCCCACCGACGCGCCACUCCCACCACCUCAGUAGAGAUUCGAUUUCGACGGCCAUGUCCGGCCCAUCCAAUCGGUGGUCCAUGUUCUCCGACCAGCCGUCCGACUUUAGUAUGUCUUCGGUACCCAGCUCGCCGCGUAUUGACCCACGCCAAUCUGUAUUCGACCGCUCGCUACUGUCGGAUGCAUCGAUGCCCGUGUCUCCGACAACAAGUGUGGAUCCACUGUCUCCGACUUGGCGCUCAUCUAGUCGCAUGCCCAACCUUGACGAGAACCAGAUCGCGUGCGGAUUCCCUCAACCGCUCUCUUUCUCGUCUCCGGCUCCAUCGGAUCAGCCAGCGCAACCGCUACCUCAGCUACCUGAACCGAUCAUGGAAGACGACGAAUACGCUGUUUCUGCUGAGGACCAUGACGUGGCUGCCGCAGUGCAUGACGAAGCGCAGUCGGACGCAGGUCACAGUAUCGACGACGUGCCCGACUUUGCAUCGAACGCAACUGGCACUGCCGACGAAUCGGCCCUGUCGGAAGCAGAAGCGACGACGCCGAAGCCGACCCAGCCUCUGUCGUUCCCAAACGACGAUGACGUGGUAGAAUCCGGCGAAGACGAAGACGUCCACUUUGCGCUUCCCAGCCGGCAUCACCGGCCACUGCAUCGUGCCGUGUCCCACGAGUCCAUCAUCUCCUUGCAGGGCGGCCUCGAUAUCCACACCCUCAAGACACGCCCGAGCCAGCUCACUCUGCGCCCGCUGGGCACGGCCAUGGCCGACACGGGGCUCAGCUCCAUCACGGCCCGUCCUGUGAUCACCCGCGCCAGCCCAGAUACGCUGAAGAGCAACAACAUGCUACGAGGCAAUCUUUCUCUCGGCGUUCCGGCCGCCCGCACGUCUCGCGUUGUGUCCAGCCCGGUGACGGCAGCCACCACGUCUGCCAGCGCCUCGUUGUCGACCGUAUCCCAAGCGGCCGCCACCCUCUCUGGCGCUCGUAAACUGGGCAAGUAUGUCGGCUGGCGGCCCUGGGGUGGCGGUGGCACAACCACGACGGCGGCGGCAUCUGCAGCGGCACCCCCCACCCAAGCGGCCACGCCCACGGUUGCGACCGCUGCCGUAGCCACGCCGGCGAUGGCCACCACGACGACGGCGAUGGCAAUCGCCCCGACAGUGUCCGAGCCCACGCCCGGUGCGUCACAGGCAGAAUCGAUUGUGUCAGACACGAGUGCGUCGGACGCUACGAGAUCCGCGACGCCCAUCGCGGUGGCAGUGGACGUUCCCGGAAGGAACAGCAGCAGAGGCCUUUCCAGCGCCAAGAGCACAGUCAACGCAAAGAGCGCCGCCACCAAGGCCAUGCACGAUCUCAGUGUGCUGCGCUCGCCCGGCAUCAACCAGCCAGGCGCCAUCCCGGGCUUCUUUGAAUACUGGGCAUCCCACCAGCGCCGUGGCGUGCCCAGCAAUGUGCACGCGGAUGUGGUCGAUGAAGAGGCCCUGCGGGAAGGUCUGCUUGGGACAUAG